AUGACAGAACAACCUCCGCAGAACCACUCGGUGGACCUCAACCAGAAUGAAGACAACAAUGAGAAUGACUAUAGGAGCUCCUCUGCGACCGAUGCUGAACGUCCCUGUGAGCCAAAGAUCGAAGAAUCAACCGCGAAGCCCCCCACUGGACCUCCUGCCCCUCCUCCGCCCCCCAACGGUGGCCUAGUCGCGUGGCUACACGUCAUCGGUGGCUUUAUGCUCUUCUUCAAUACUUGGGGAAUCAUGAAUGCUUUCGGGGUCUUUCAAACAUAUUAUGAAUCGGGUGCUCUGUUCGAAAGAUCGUCGUCCGACAUCUCAUGGAUCGGGUCUAUUCAGGCGACCAUGCUAUUGCUGGUGGGUUUCUUCACGGGCUCGAUCUACGACCGCGGAUACUUGCGCGCUCUUCUGGUUGUCGGCAGCUUCUGUAUUGUUUUCGGGCACAUGAUGCUUAGUCUCUGCAAAACAUACGGCCAAGUGCUCCUCGCGCAGGGAUUCUGCGUCGGGAUAGGUGCUGGCUGCCUCUUCGUUCCCUGCGUCUCUGUCCUGCCCACCUAUUUCAGCUCCAGGCUCGGUACGGCCCUGGGGCUGGCCGUGUCUGGCUCCUCUAUGGGUGGUGUCAUCUACCCAAUCGUCCUUAACGAGCUUAUCGGUCCCCUCGGUUUUGGCUGGUCCGUCCGCGUCAUCGGCUUCAUCGCGCUGGGCACUCUUCUGGUCCCCAUCGCCGUCAUGAAGCAGCGCGUGAAGCCUCCCCGGGCACGCGCACUCAUCGACUGGUCCGCCUUUUCAGAUAUCCCCUAUAUGGCCUUCACCUUGGCCUCCCUUCUCGCUUUUAUGGGUCUCUUUGCCCUUCUCUUCUACAUCUCUUACUUCGGAGCCGCCAAACCCAUCACCGACACCCGCAUGGCUUUCUAUAUUGUCCCGAUUCUCAACGCCGCCUCCUGUUUCGGUCGAACUAUUCCGAACGCUAUGGCAGACAAGAUAGGCCCUUUUAACCUUAUCGCACCGUGCUGUCUCGCUGUCGGCGUUCUCAUUCUGUGCUUGUUAGCCGUGACCACCGAAGCUGGCUUGAUCGUCAUCGCGCUGCUCUCGGGUUUCUUCGGCGGUGCUCUAAUCGGCCUGCCACCGCUCUGCUUUGUUGCCUUGACCAAGGAUAAGACAAAAAUCGGUACUCGAAUCGGCAUGGGUUUCGGCAUGGUCGGCCUCGGUGUCCUGGCCGGUGGCCCGGCCGGCGGUGCUAUCCUCUCUCAUUCCCACCAUUCCAACUGGACUGGCCUCUGGGUAUAUGGAGGCGUGACUUCCCUGGUAGCAGGUUUUAUCAUUUGUAUAGCCGUCUAA